CUAUUAAAAUCUCUCUCCAUCCCUCUCUAUCCGUUGUUUGAACCAAUCAGACCCUAAUGGUCCAUUAAUUAACGUCAUUCGGUGCUAAUUACUUCUUUCGCUGAGGGAGAUCCUGUUCAAGUUUAGGGUUUCACAUUUCAGACAUUUGGUUUUUCUUCUCUGAGCUUCAAUCUUUUUUAAGACAUGGAUAAAGAGAUUUUGAAGAAACGUUCAGGAGAGGCGCGUUCAAAAAGAAAAUUGAUUUUAAAUCAAAAACGUCCUAGCAAAAUCAGGAGCUUUACUGAAAUUAAAAAUCUGCGUCAUCAUGCCAAUGAUGAGACAAGUAGACAAUCGAUGACAAUGCCCAUGUUAUAUUAUUCUAAGGAGCAAGAAACUUCAUUUAUCAAUCGUAACACACCUGCUACAAUGUUUGGACGAUCUUUGAUACCGGGUCGACAAGUUAUUGGAGAAAAUCAUCAUGUAUCCCCCGGGGAACCAGAAAUUCGUUCUACCACUCAUCUUGAGGAAGUUGAAGGAAGUGGAGCGUGUUCUUUGACUGCAAAGAAGAUGUCAUUUCCAUCAGUACCAAGUGAUGGCUUUCUCACAAAUCCUAUUCCCAAUCUUGAUGACUUUCUCGCAAAUCCUAUUCCCAAUCUUCCAAAAAUUCACAGUCCGAUCUCAAUACCCUCAAUAGAUAUCAACUCCCCAGAUGUAAUCAUUAGACGGGCGGCAAUGUAUCAGGAUUACAUGCUGCAGAUCCCAAUCCCGAGUAAUCGAGGCUCUGUCAUCCCAUUUACCUCAUGGAUGGGAUUAGGCUCAUCCAUUAAGAAGUUAUAUGGACAACCUCUUCACUACCUUACAAAUACUAUGCUUAAGCAAUGGGAUCAAAUGAGAAUUGGAAGCAAUGACGAGUAUAUGCCCUUAGACGAGAUAAUUCAUCCAUGCAAAGCUGAAGCUGCCGUAUGGCUCAUGGAACAAGUCCAUCGCGAAGUCUCGUCGCAUAUUCAUAUUGCUAAUCUAUGGAAGAAGGACCCAAUGCACAAUGGCUUUGUUGAUUCCAUUUUCCCAACUUUACAGCACACAUCAUGAAGCUUCAUUAUUUUCUGUUUUAAACUAUUUUCCUUUUAAAUACACGGCUGCAUUUUAGUGUUUGUCCCUCAGGACAUUGUUAAUAAUAUUCCGGUCUUUAGUUAAAAUCCUGGUUUGAAAAUUUGUUGACCUAUCUCAAAUGCAGCAUGUUGUGAAUUUUGUUGAGCAAAAAAUAUAUACUGAACAUGAUUUAAACA